AAGAGUUAGCAAAACUAAGAUGUGUUUGGCAAGCCCCAUGUGAUUGAAGGGAGAAAAAGGACAGCUUGUGGCAUUUCACUAUCACUGCCCUGGGUGCCCAUCAUCAAGAAUCUCAUGCAGCCCUCUUCAUGUCUUCAUCAUCGAUUCAUCAGCAUCAGUAUACAAUAAUCUAUAUAUAUAUAUAGGAGAGAGAGAGAGGGAGACGUGCUUUGAUCUUGUGGUGCAUACUGUAUAGCACUGAUAUAGAGACAAAGUUAUGAGGCCCCAAAAGCAAAUCUGAUUGAAGAAGCUUCCUUGUAAACUUCCCCAAACGAAGAUCAUCUUUACUAUUAGUUCGCUCUCUUUGAAUUAUCAAAUUUCAAAUCCACACUAACCCAUCCUUUAUUUCCCGUUUAUUGAUCUGGGUUUUGAUUAUUUUGGUCUCCAGAGACCUUUUUCCUUAUCUGGGUCUAACUCGAAACGUCGUCGUUUCAUUCCCCUGUUCAAAACCUACCCUCACUUGGCCUUGUUCUCUCUUCCUUGAUCCGGGUCUUCCCCUUUUUGAUCUCUAGAGGCCUUUUCUUGUUCUUGGUGUCAGCCAAAACAUUGUCGUUUAACAUGAGGAAGAGGGAGAGGGAGAACCCGUGCGGGGUUUGUGGUCACUACCACAAAUAUGAGGAAGGAGAGGUUUGUGGUGUUUGUGGCCACCGGAUUCCGGCAUCAUCAGAGAAAACUUCGAUUCAGGUGAGCGCUUUUCCGUCAGAGAUCCUGCCGGAGUUUCUGUAUUUGGGCAGCUACGAUAACGCAUCGCGCUCGGAGCUUCUCAAGACUCAGGGAAUCUCUCGCGUUCUCAAUACGGUACCUGCUUGUCAAAAUCUCUACAAAAAUUCCUUCACUUAUUACUGCCUACCAGAUGACAAAAGUUUACCGUUUGAUGAUGCAAUUCAGUUUUUAGAGCAAUGUGAAAAGGACAAGGCUCGUGUUCUUGUACAUUGCAUGUCGGGAAAAAAUAGGUCACCAGCUAUUGUAAUAGCGUACUUGAUGAAGUGCAAAGGAUGGAGGUUUGCACAGAGCUAUCAGUGGGUGAAAGAGCGGAGACCAUCUGUUGAACUAUCUCAAGCUGUUCACGAGCAGUUGCAGGAGUAUGAGCGGAGUAUUUUUGGGUCGAUGGAGAGCAUUAGCCCCACCAUGCCAAUCUUCCAACCUUCAGGGGCAGCAUCCUUUACCUUUGGCUUCCCAAAGGCCAAUGAUCCACUUCCUGCUCCUGCCUUCAACACCAUUGGUGCUGCAUCCAUUUUUGCUCGUCCUCCUGCAGACGUUCCUCCACAUGAGUUCAAGUUCGGUGCUGGCCAGACCGACAAGAAUAUCGUGGAGAGCCCUUUCAUUGCCAACCCAUCAAAUCCAAAUAGCAGUGAUAUUCCCAUGGACAGCUCCUGAUUUCCUUGUUUUUUUUGCGAGAUCACCUGUUGGUAAGAAGUCCAAAUGAGUCCUGAUUUUGAAGAGUUCUUUUUUUUCAAUUUAAAUAUGAAAUCUGGAUGUAAAGUGGGAGUGGACGCUCAGACUUUUCGGUUUGGCAGAUUUUAAAUGUUGGUAUAUUAUGGGUGCCUUAAAUUUCUAAAAGUGCAACAGUCUCAUCCCUGAUCUUAUACAAGUUAAAUUCUUUUACAGUGUUA